ACAUCACCUGUGAAUCCUACAAUGCCAUAUUCACGGGUCUCGACCAAAGUUUGCAAUCUCUUCCGCCUCACCUCUCACAGGGUGUGGAGUCAAGCUUGGAAGCACUGAUGAAGACAUUCCAACGUUGCUCAAGGCCUCCAGCUUUAAUUGUGUGCAAAGAAACAUUGGUCAAUGAGAAACAACUUUGUGCUGGAUUUAACAGCACACAACUGAAGCAACAGAUGUCCUUUGGCAAUUCCUCUGAAUCCCUUUGCAAUUUCAACGUCUCUGAAUAUGCCUGUUCCUCAACUACCCGUCUCUCAGCGGACAACUUGGUAACGAUUCUGAAAUGCCAAUUGGCGAGCAAAAAUACUUACUCAACGGAAAUGUGGAAGCUGUUCUUCCAAAACAAUGCUGCUGUUCUGGAUCAGGCUCUUCUGGAUUACUCCAGCAUGAACCCUAACAUCAGCAGUCCAGCCAUGCCAAAUGUCCUUGAUGCCAUCGGAGAGCUCAAAAUCAACAACUUCAGUAAUGCACAGCUAAACGACCCCAGUUUCGUGGACAAGUUGUUCCAGAAGAAUCUCCGUCCAUUCUUGGCAUCUCUAUCCAGGAAUUUCCUCUCCUGUCUCAGCUCAAAGAACUUCAGUUGUCAGACCUACCAAAUUGUCAUUAACGCUCUAAGCAGCCAAAAAGAUUCCAUGGACAGAGAGCAACAACGAUUGAUCUUCACUCAUUACAUCUAUCCAUUCCUUUCAAGAAAUGACUCAUCAGAUCCCGGCUGUGUCUCAAACACCAGUGGAAGCAUGGACUGGCUCCAGAGGAACUUUGGCAUCUUUUCUGUUUUUGCAGAACUGCAAGAGUUACAAGUCCUCAAUCCCGACUUCUCCAGCAAGGAAUCACUGUCGCUGCUUACCCCAACCCAGGUGGCACAGUUGACAUUGACCUCUGGGGCAUUGAAUGACACAGCUGACAUUAAACUUGUGUUUAUGCGGCUGGAGGAAGGAGACGCUUUCAAAAAUGUUGAUGAGUUUCUGACGAUACUGACCGCAAAGGAAGAGAUUCCUGACAUCUAUCCAGCUGUGAGAGAUGUGAUGAUGAAUCUGACAUUUAACAUCAUCAGCCUUCAAUUCCCAAAGUUCGAAACGCUGGACUGGAUUGCAUGGUUCGAAGUAAAGCUGAUUCCCAUCCUCCCCAGUUUUAAUGAAGUCAUGCUCACCAUUGCUACCUCAAACGUUACCUGCACCAACUACCAAGUCAUUGUAAAAGGAAUGGACAGAGCUUUCCCUGAAAUGACUGAGGGUAGAAGAGAAGGAAUCGCAGGAGUCCUGCUGAAAUACCUGAGGAUAUCUGUACACCUUAUCAAUGAACCAGUUUGCAGGUUGAACAUCCACAACGACACUGACUGGCUUGCAAUCAACCUGGGUCCAUACUCCGAAUACACAACCUAUUCGGAUCUCAAAGACUUCAACAUCUCAGGGGUGGCAGUUCUAGACUCCCUCUCACCAAACCAGAAAGCUGAGCUGGUACUGGACCCAAGCACUGGCGCUCUGGAGAAUGAGACUCUUGUGAAGAAGGUUUUCAUCAGCUUGCUGGAAUCUCCAAGGGAAGAGCAGCUCAAUGAGUUCUUUGUGACUUUUGUUGAAGUCACCAAGCAGGAAAACAUCACCAUCAUCACAAACACAGCCGUAAGAGACACAAUGCUAAACCUGACCUUGAUGGCUCUUGCUCCCAAAUUUGACGUCUUUGAGCCAAAAGACUUCCAGCUGUGGUUCCAAGUCAAUCUGGUUGUUCUGCUGGCCAGCUUCAAUCCUGGCAGAUUGGUUGUUAUCCCCCUAAACAUCACCUGUGAAUCCUACAAUGCCAUAUUCACGGGUCUCGACCAAAGUUUGCAAUCUCUUCCGCCUCACCUCUCACAGGGUGUGGAGUCAAGCUUGGAAGCACUGAUGAAGACAUUCCAACGUUGCUCAAGGCCUCCAGCUUUAAUUGUGUGCAAAGAAACAUUGGUCAAUGAGAAACAACUUUGUGCUGGAUUUAACAGCACACAACUGAAGCAACAGAUGUCCUUUGGCAAUUCCUCUGAAUCCCUUUGCAAUUUCAACGUCUCUGAAUAUGCCUGUUCCUCAACUACCCGUCUCUCAGCGGACAACUUGGUAACGAUUCUGAAAUGCCAAUUGGCGAGCAAAAAUACUUACUCAACGGAAAUGUGGAAGCUGUUCUUCCAAAACAAUGCUGCUGUUCUGGAUCAGGCUCUUCUGGAUUACUCCAGCAUGAACCCUAACAUCAGCAGUCCAGCCAUGCCAAAUGUCCUUGAUGCCAUCGGAGAGAUCAAAAUCAACAACUUCAGUAAUGCACAGCUAAACGACCCCAGUUUCGUGGACAAGUUGUUCCAGAAGAAUCUCCGUCCAUUCUUGGCAUCUCUAUCCAGGAAUUUCCUCUCCUGUCUCAGCUCAAAGAACUUCAGUUGUCAGACCUACCAAAUUGUCAUUAACGCUCUAAGCAGCCAAAAAGAUUCCAUGGACAGAGAGCAACAACGAUUGAUCUUCACUCAUUACAUCUAUCCAUUCCUUUCAAGAAAUGACUCAUCAGAUCCCGGCUGUGUCUCAAACACCAGUGGAAGCAUGGACUGGCUCCAGAGGAACUUUGGCAUCUUUUCUGUUUUUGCAGAACUGCAAGAGUUACAAGUCCUCAAUCCCGACUUCUCCAGCAAGGAAUCACUGUCGCUGCUUACCCCAACCCAAGUGGCACAGUUGACAUUGACCUCUGGGGCAUUGAAUGACACAGCUGACAUUAAACUUGUGUUUAUGCGGCUGGAGGAAGGAGACGCUUUCAAAAAUGUUGAUGAGUUUCUGACGAUACUGACCGCAAAGGAAGAGAUUCCUGACAUCUAUCCAGCUGUGAGAGAUGUGAUGAUGAAUCUGACAUUUAACAUCAUCAGCCUUCAAUUCCCAAAGUUCGAAACGCUGGACUGGAUUGCAUGGUUCGAAGUAAAGCUGAUUCCCAUCCUCCCCAGUUUUAAUGAAGUCAUGCUCACCAUUGCUACCUCAAACGUUACCUGCACCAACUACCAAGUCAUUGUAAAAGGAAUGGACAGAGCUUUCCCUGAAAUGACUGAGGGUAGAAGAGAAGGAAUCGCAGGAGUCCUGCUGAAAUACCUGAGGAUAUCUGUACACCUUAUCAAUGAACCAGUUUGCAGGUUGAACAUCCACAACGACACUGACUGGCUUGCAAUCAACCUGGGUCCAUACUCCGAAUACACAACCUAUUCGGAUCUCAAAGACUUCAACAUCUCAGGGGUGGCAGUUCUAGACUCCCUCUCACCAAACCAGAAAGCUGAGCUGAUACUGGACCCAAGCACUGGCGCUCUGGAGAAUGAGACUCUUGUGAAGAAGGUUUUCAUCAGCUUGCUGGAAUCUCCAAGGGAAGAGCAGCUCAAUGAGUUCUUUGUGACUUUUGUUGAAGUCACCAAGCAGGAAAACAUCACCAUCAUCACAAACACAGCCGUAAGAGACACAAUGCUAAACCUGACCUUGAUGGCUCUUGCUCCCAAAUUUGACGUCUUUGAGCCAAAAGACUUCCAGCUGUGGUUCCAAGUCAAUCUGGUUGUUCUGCUGGCCAGCUUCAAUCCUGGCAGAUUGGUUGUUAUCCCCCUAAACAUCACCUGUGAAUCCUACAAUGCCAUAUUCACGGGUCUCGACCAAAGUUUGCAAUCUCUUCCGCCUCACCUCUCACAGGGUGUGGAGUCAAGCUUGGAUGCACUGAUGAAGACAUUCCAACGUAUGUGA